AUGACCCCAGCGGAGGAUCCCGUCAGAGGAAAUCUGGCAUUACCUGUCCUUAUAAACAUAACUGGCGGUUCUUUUUAUCGUUGGUACGGCGGCAUGUUUGCUGGUACAGGAUUGCUUGACCGCGACAUAAUUUUAGUGUCCAUUAAUUACAGGCUUAACGCCUUUGGCUUCUUCACUUUGGACAUAAACGAGUCACCUGGCAACUUAGGUCUGCUUGACCAGCUGUGGGCCUUGUCGUGGGUCAAGAGAAAUAUUCAACACUUCGGGGGCAACCCUGACAUGAUCACUAUUUACGGGCAGAGUGCGGGUGCGGCAAGCGUGGGCUAUCUCAUGGACACUAAUCUAACCAGGGGGCUAUUUCAUCGUGCGAUUCAGUCUAGCGAACUGAAGGAUUACCCGACUGGUACCAUCGAAAUUCUCAUAUCCUCAUUCCUGAAGGAGAUGAGACUCCCGGACUCAUUUACGGGAGUUGCACCCUUCAUAAGUGACAUUUAUUCCGCCUUUUAUUUCAAAGCUCCGGCCCUUUCGAAGGCAAAGAGCCAUGCCCAGCUGGGGUGGGAUACCUUUCUGUAUUCGCAUGAGUACUUUAACCCGUAA